ACAACUUCCCAGGAGAGCGCCAGGGACGCAGGGGCAGCGCCCAAGAGGUUGGUGCGUCUUUAAACCGCUGCUGGCUGCUUAGUCACAGCCCCUCGCUUGGGUGUGUCCUUCCCUCGCUCCCUCCCUCUUAGGUCACUCUUUCAACCCUCGAAUAAAAACUGCCGUCAACUUCCGAGGCGGCCUCAUUGUCCAGCGGCCCCCAGCCUGGGACAGGUCCACGUCCUCUAGUGUCCCCGCGCCUCGGGACCCUCCAGCUCCACUCGCUUGCACUCUGGGUUCACCGACACCAUGGACAAGUUCUGGUGGUGCGCGGCUUGGGGAAUCUGCUUCUGCCUCAUGCAGCUGAGCCUGGCUCAGAUCGAUCUGAACAUCACGUGCCGCUAUGCAGGUGUGUUCCACGUGGAGAAAAAUGGACGUUACAGCAUCUCCCGGACGGAGGCAGCUGACCUCUGUGAGGCUUUCAACACCACCCUGCCCACCAUGGCCCAGAUGGAGCGGGCUCUGCACCAUGGAUUUGAGACCUGCAGGUAUGGGUUCAUAGAAGGGCAUGUAGUGAUCCCCCGGAUCACCCCCAACGCCAUCUGUGCAGCCAACAACACAGGGGUGUAUAUCCUCACGUCCAACAACUCCCACUACGACACAUACUGCUUCAAUGCAUCAGCGCCUCUCGAUAAAGAAGAUUGUGCAUCAGUCACGGACCUGCCCAACUCCUUUGCUGGCCAAGUUACCAUAACAAUUGUCAACCGGGAUGGCACCCGCUACAGCAAAAAAGGAGAAUACAGAACACACCAGGAAGACAUCUACCCCAUCAACUCCACCAACCCCAUCAGUCCUAUGGAUGAAGAUGUGAGCAGUGGAUCCCCCAGUGAAAGAAGCACUUAUGGCGGUUACAGCAUCUUCCACACCCUCCUUCCCACCGCACACCCGACCUCUGAUCAGAUGAACACUGAGGUCUACGGGAGCACCAAAGCCAGCGAAACCUCCACAGUUACCUCAAACAUCCAUGCAGCAGUUAAGGAGCAAAGUGAUUGGAUAUGGUCCUGGUUUGGUAAUACAAACCUUCAGACUCAGGAUCUUACGACAGCAACAACAGUCAUGGUUACAACAACUUUGAUGAGCACUAAUGGUGCAACUCUUGAAACAGCAACCAAGAGGCAAGAAACCCAGGAGUGUUUUUCAUGGUUGUUUAAACUAUCAGACUCCAGGAGUCAUCUUCACACAACAAAAAUGGAUGGUACGGAUUCAAAUACCAUGUCAGCAGGCUGGGAGCACAGUGAAGAAAAUGAAGAGGACAGAGACAAACACCUCAGUUUUUCUGGAUCAGGCAUUGAUGAUGAUGAAGAUUUUAUCUCCAGUACCAUUUCAACCACUCCACGAGUUUCUGACCACACAAAACAGUACCAGGAUUGGAACCAAUGGAAGCCAAGCCAUUCCAGCACAGAAGUACUGCUCCAGACAACCACAAGGAUGACUGAUGUAGACAGAAAUGGCACCAGUGUUUAUGAAGAAAGCUGGACCCAGGAUGCACAGCCUCCUCUCAUUCACCAUGAGCAUCCGGAUAAAGAGGAGACCCCACACCCUCCAAGCACAACCUGGGCAGCUCCCAGUAGCACAGCGGAAGAAACAGCUACCCAGAAAGAACAGUGGUCUGAGGAUGGAUGGCAUGGGGAAUAUCCCCAAACUCCAAGAGAAGACUCUGGUUCAACAGCAGGGACAACUGUCUCAGCCCACGACAGCCAUCCAAGUCAAAGAAUGACAACACAAAGUCAAGAGGAUAGUUCCUGGACUGAGUUCUUCGAUCCAGUCUCACAUCCAAUGAGAAGAGGUCAACAAACAGAAAAAACGAUGGAUAUGGACACCAGUCAUAGUACGAUUCAGCCUACUGCAGUUCCAAACACAGAUUUGGUGGAAGAUUUGAACAGGACAAGGCCUCAUUCAGUGACAACUCAGCAGAGUGAUUCUCAGAGCUUCUCUACAUCACAUGGAGAACUGGAAGAAGAUAAAGAGCAGCCAACAACUUCUACUCUGACAUCUGGCAAUAGACAUCCUGCCAUAGAGGGUAGAAGAGAUGGAAAUCUUUCUGAAGACUCAACUACUUCACUGGAAGGUUAUACCCCUCAUUACCCAGACACAAAGGAAAACAGGACCCUCAUCCCAGUGACCCCAGCUAGUACUGGGGCCUUUGGAGAAACUGAAGUUACUGUUGUUGGAGAGCAUAACUAUGAUGUUGAUCACCACUUACCAGGAGAUCAAGAUUCAUCUGUGGACCCCAACAGAGGCUCCCAUACCACUAGUGAUUCUGCAUCUCAUGGACGUGCAAGUGGGACUCAAGGUGGUGCAAACACAACCUCUGCUCCUAUAAGGAGAGCCCAAAUUCCAGAAUGGCUCAUCAUCUUGGCAUCUCUCUUGGCCCUGGCUUUGAUUCUUGCCGUUUGCAUUGCUGUCAACAGUCGGAGAAGGUGUGGGCAGAAGAAAAAGCUGGUUAUCAACAAUGGAAAUGGAAAAAUGGAGGACAGAAAGCCAAGUGGACUCAAUGGAGAGGCCAGCAAGUCUCAGGAAAUGGUGCAUUUGGUGAACAAGGAACCGUCAGAGACUCCAGACCAGUUUAUGACAGCCGAUGAGACACGGAACCUGCAAAAUGUGGACAUGAAAAUUGGGGUGUAAUAUCUACACCAUUAUCUUGGAACAAAAAAACCACAGUUGGAGAUACAACCAUUACAGGGAGCUGGGACAGUUAACAGAUGCAAUGUGCUACUGAUAGUUUUAUUGGGGAUCAUUUUUUUAGCAUAAAAUUUUCUAUUCCUUUUGGUUUUUGUGUUUUUUUUAAAAGUCAAGUCCAGUUGAUAAAAACAGCAUUGCUUUCUGAAAGGAGAGCCCAACUAAUAACCCGCAAGUAUUUGAUAGUCCCAGUUUCCACCUAGCGGUCUUUUAUCCCCUGGGAUACAUAUGUUAUGGAUGGCUUCUAAAAGCCACAAAUAUGUGUUCCUGAUGCUCAGCCCCCCAAGCCCCACCUGCCAGGUAACAGCCACAUUCUUGGGGAUCAGGAGGGAUUGGUUCCUGGGAGGAAAUUUGAAUGGGUCCAUAUUGCCUCUCCAGUAGCCUAAUCCUGGGUCAUUGAUUUCCAGUGGGUAGGGGUUUGGGGUGUACUGGUUACACAUCCCUUUUUGCAGACUCCCGGGAAAUGUUUGAGUUGCUUCUGGGAGACACCCCAAGGGUGCAGCUAUUUAUCUGUACUAAGCUAUUUAUCUGUGUUUUGGAAUAUUAAACCCAAAAAGUCCUUUGAUGAGUAUGAUUUUUUCCAGGUUACUUUGUCAGAGGAAUAAAAGGGUUUCAGCUAAUUUACAAUAAACAUCUGUACUUUUUCCAUCUUAA